UUUUUCAGCUCAGUGUGUUCAGAGCUGUUUCAGUGUGAGAGUUCAGUUUGGAGCCGAGCAGAGCUGCAGUUCAGGACCUUUAAUCUGAGUUAUUCUCACCGUUUUAAUCAGUUCAGUGACUUUUACCUUGUGAACCUGAGCGCGCGCUUCAAGUAAGCAGUGCAGGUGUUGCUCAGACAGGGAGCUUUAAUACAGAGGGAGCUGCUUUAAACAGACUGGGGGAUUCAUUCUUCACCCUCAGUCAGAAUGAGGCUCCUCUUCAUCCUCAUCUGGAUCCAGAUGUUCAGCCACACCGCUGCUCAGUCGUGUGAAGGACGCUGUGGUGAGAAACUCGCCGCCUGUUCCUGUCACUCCACAUGUGAGUCGUUGAUGGACUGCUGUGACAAUUUUAAGCAGUUUUGCCUUGAAAUCUCGCCCCAUUCCGGCUCUCUGCUCGGAGGAACCGACUUCAGGAUCCUCAACGUCACGUUUGACCGCAGCGCCACCCUGACCUGCAGGUUUAAGUCUGAGAUUGUAACUCAGGGUUUUGUGGACGUGGACGGUGUUGGUCACUGUAUUUCGCCGAUGCUGUUCGAGUCCGGCUGGAUCCCCUUUGAAGUCUCCACUGACGGAGUGAAUUACAACAGAGCGGGCAGGUGGCUCUCAGUGCAUCACAGUAAGAUGAGCGCGGCGUUUAAGCUGCUGCUGGUGAACGGGACACACUGGCAGUACUACGGCACGCCGGGGGUGGGUGGGGUUCUCCAGAUGGUGUGGAACGCCUCACUAAUAAAUGCUGAGAGAGUCAACAUCGAGCUGUGGGGCUACGAGGAGACGGGAGAGCCGUACUCUGAGCACUGGCAGGCGGAGUGGACGUAUUUACGCACCGUUGGGAAAGAUGUGCUCAAUAGCGGAGCCUUCACCUUCCCCCCGAAACCUGCCGAGAGUCCUCUGUCCAACUGGCACAUGGGCAGCAUGAGGGUCAGUCCCAGCACCAACCCAGAUGGAGCACAGAAUGUGAACGCUCUGUGGAGUGGUGCUCAUGCUCUGGCGUAUCACCUGGAGGAGGCCUUUAGGAGAGACUCUGCAGGCUGGGCUCUGGAGAAGUGCAUUCUGUGGGAUGAAGAGGAGAAGAGGAUCCCCAACUUCCUCUCGGAAAUUAUAGACUGCCCCUGCACCCUGGCCCAGGCCCGCGCAGACACCGGCCGCUUCCACACUGACUACGGAUGCGACAUCGAGAAAGGCAGCGUUUGCACUUACCAUCCAGGAGCUGUGCACUGUGUACGAGGCAUACAGGGCAGUCCUGUGUAUGCGGCUGGUCAGCAGUGUUGCUAUGACAGCACCGGAGCCCAAGUCCUGACCGGAGACUCUACAGGGGGCAGUACCCCGGACCGGGGGCACGACUGGGGGGCACCGCCAUACCAGAAACCCCCCAGAAUCCCGGGAUUUUCACACUGGAAAUAUGAUGUCAUCACCUUCUACUACUGCUGUCUGUGGUCAGAUAACUGUGACUAUUACCUCGCCCAACGACCGUCCAGCGACUGCAAGACAUACCAGCCCCCUAAAGCUGCCUCUGUGCUCGGUGACCCCCAUUUCAUCACGUUUGAUGGAGUGACGUACACCUUUAACGGUAAAGGAGAAUACGUCCUGCUCCAGUCCGCAGCCUGGAGUCUCUCAGUGCAGGGCAGGACGGAGCCGAUGAAGUCGGAGAACGGCUCCAUCGUCAUGGCGACCCGCCUCUGCUCAGUGGCAAUGAGGGAGAAGGACUCUGAUGUCAUCGAGGUGCGGCUCACUGAUAGGCUGGAUCACCUACAGGUGCUGAUGAACCAGCAGGAGCUGAGCUUCUCCGAGCAGAGCUGGAUGGACCUGAAGGGUGUGUUUGUGUUCUCUGCGGUUCCUCAGAACGUGACUGUGAUGUUCCCCUCUGGAGCCGGGGUGGAGGUCAGGGGAAGAGGAGGGGUCAUGGCCCUGACUGUCUUACUGCCCACUGAGUUUAAAAGCCACACGCAGGGGCUGCUUGGAAAAAUGAAUGACAACCCUGAGGAUGACUUGACCUCCAGUGAUGGAGUGAUCACUCCAGCCAACAGCAGCGCUCAGGACAUCUUCACUUUCGGGGCCGGAUGGGCCAUUAGUAAUGAGUCCUCUCUGUUCACCUACGACUCCGAGCUCCUCCUGAACGAGUACUACUUCAGGCCGAAACACGAUCCGUCCUUCAUCCCCAGCUUUUCCGUCACUGAAGAUCCGUCCGACCCUCUGCUGGAGCCGACUCUGAGGAUGUGUUCGGGAGUCGGGGCGCAGUUCUGUAAAUACGACGCGCUGAUCUCUCGCAGUCUGGAGCUCGGAAACAGCACGCUGCAGACUCAGCGCAGCCACGCAGCAACCAUGCAGGACCUGCAGCUCGUGGUGUCAUGCGGUUGGCUGCAGCCGCCGAAUCACGGCCAGAAGGAAGGAACGCUGUAUUUGCAAGGGGCGAAGAUCAGCUUCUCCUGUAACCAUGGUUACCGUCUCCACGGCUCCCAGGAGCGCAUCUGUCAGGACAACGGCCAGUGGUCAGGAAAUGAGACGCACUGCGUUUCAGACAACAUUCUGGGCAUCGUGCUGGGCAGCAUCGCAGCCAUACUGACGCUGAUUAUUAUGGUCGUAGCGAUAGUGCUUUACUCCAAGAAGCAGAAAAGGCAGAAGAUGAAAGAAGGAGAAGAUAAAGUGGUUUAUGAGCAGCAGUCGGUCAACCUCUGACCCUCAUCACGUCCAGCUGAGACGUCCAGAAUGAACCAGGAGCUUCAUUUAAACAUUUGAACGUUUUCUGGUCAGAUCAGCAGCUGAUUAUCAGCAGAUUCAGUGACGCUGCGCUCUGAUUGGUUAAAGUGAUCUGACGCUCAGAAGAUUUGAGUUUAAUUUUAGUCUGUGAUUUUAAUUUUACGCCUUAUUUAUUUACCAGAUUUCCCUCCACAGUCAUUCAUGGCCUGAUCACACCUGCUGCUCAAAACUUUACACUCCCCUCCUGUAUUAAUAAUUAGCUUAUUUAAUAAUGACUUACAGACUAUAGACUUUUAUAAACUACUCAGAAAGUAAUUUUAGACAUUUUAGUCAAUAUGAAAUGUCUGUUAUUAAUAAUAACAAUAAUAAUAAUAAUAAUUAUUAUUAUUAUUACAUUAUUAAUGUAUUAAUCUAGUAGAACUUCAUGCUGGGUAUUAAUUUUAUUAGAAUAUUAAUCUGGAUAUUAAUUUUAUGAGAACUUUACUCUUGAUGUUCUCCAGAUCUCUCAGUCAUUGUAGAAUUUGAUCAGAUCUGUUCAUCAUUCUAACAUUUCUAUAUAUUUUUUUAUAAUAAUUAUCUGAAAGCUGUGAAGUUUUAUAGCAUCAUAAUAUAAUCAUUUUAUACAUUCAUCUGCGACAAAAUUUGCUUUAUGUGACUAAACACAUUAUUACUGUAAUUAAUCUUUAAUAGCUGCUGCUGUCAUGUUGGACAAACUUUACACUGUGUUUAUAUUAAUGAUCAAACUGCCGUAUUACAGAAUCUUAGCUCUAAAAUCUGACCUGUUUGGUCUCCAUGACGACUUCAGUACUGACUGAAUUUAGUUCAGUAGCUAUUCCAGAAUAUCAGUUCCUACCUUCAUCAUCUCAUCAUGAACUCCAGAUAAGAAAACAGCAUCACACAAACAUCCUAA